AUGAUUUCUUUUGAUGAAAUACUUGAGAAAAAUAUUAAAACAGGUUGGUAUUAAGCAAGAACUCUUUCGAUUAUAGGAUUAUAGGAGUUUUGUGCAGGUCUUGAAUAUCUAUUUAUGUCAAUCCUUAUGACCAUAUUAAAGGAAGAAUGGAAUUUAUCAUAAAAUCAAGUAGCACUAUUAAGCUCAAUAUUUCUAUUUGGGGUUGUUUUGGGCAACUUUUUAUGUGCUUUUUUGGCUGACAUAAUAGGGAGAUAGAUAACAUUCAUUAUUUUCUCUGGAUUAUCUGUUAUUUUAAUAUUCUAUACUAGUUUUUGUGAUACUUACAAGGAAAUGAUAAUUUUAAGAUUCUUAUAUGGAUUAACCUUUGGUACACUUAAUCCUCUUGGUUAUGUUUAUAUUACAGAAAUUACUGAAGCUAAAUAUCGAGGGAGAUUUUCUUAUGCUCUCACUUUGAUUUAUAUUUUAGGCAAAAUAUACUUUGUUAUUUUAUGUUUUAUUUUUUUGGAUGAUUACACUUCAGGAAAUUGGAGGGGACUCAUUAGAUUUAAUGGAAUUCCAAUAACGAUUGCAUUCAUCUUGUCUAUUCUGUAUUUGACUGAAACAAUUAGAUCUCACUUGAGUAAGGGAGAGUAUGAAAUAGCUCUUAACUUAAUCAAUUAAUAAAUCACAAUAAAUGGCAAUUCAGACUUAUUAUUAUGUGAUUCUGAAAAAAAUGGGUUAAUAAGUUGGUCUAAAUAAUAAAAGGUUGAACUUUAAUAAGAAGAAAUAAACAUAUAUGGCAUUCUAUCAUAGGAAUAUAGAAAAGUAACUAUUCUCUUAUGGAUUUUGUAUAUUUUAACUAAUUUUUAAGAAAUGACAAUUUUCUUGCUCUUACCAUUUUUAUUACAAAAUAAUAAUUCUGGAUUUCUUCCAAUGCUUGCUUUAUAUAUAAUUGAAUUUAUAUUUGGAUCCAUCCUUUACAACAUUAUAGAUGAUGCUAAAUAUGGAGGAAGAAUCAAAAUUAUUGCAUAUUCAGCAAUAACUUUAAUAUUUUCAAAUGCCAUUUUAUAUCUAUUUAGGGAUAAAUAUCUAUAUUUAGCCUUAUUCUUGACAAAAAUUGCGACUAGAGGGUUAUUUGCAACUAUAUGUAUAAUUUGUUGUGAAAGCUACCCAGUCAAAAUAAGAUCUUAAGGUUAGGGAAUAGCACAAGCAAUAGGAAAAAUAGCUGUACUUCCUUCUCCAUACCUAUUGAUUCCUCUCUAUUUUAUAGAUCCAUACCUACCGUUUGCUGUGCUGUUCAUCUUAGCAAUAGUUAUUUUAGCUAUAGAUUGCUUUUUUAAAUAGGAUAAAACUCAAUAACAUUUAGAAAUUCUCAAAAAUGAGUGA